GUCGAACUCUUUCAUUCAGUCACGUCGACCAAACAACCAACCCCGUCAAACCACCUGCAUCGAAUUCGCCUUCAAUCACCCUUCUACAUUCAUCAUUCACUUUCGUUCAAGAAUUCGUCCAGAAGCAAAUUACCAUUUUACUCCGCCUACCCAGUCGACGCUCAUUCCAGCCUUAUUUUCACGUGCCUUCCUAGGACCCCUCCGCGGUAGCCUCGACCCUCAUCUAUCUGUCAUCGAACCAGCCUUUUGCCCCGUCCAGACCUGUCAGUUCGAAGAAGCUUACGACCGCCACUGCGCAUCGUGGCCUUCCCUUCAAAACAAUCAACAUCUCACUCUUUUACCCUGCCACCCGCGAUUGCCGAACGAUCAGGCAUAUUCUCAUCCGCGCCACGAAAAAAAUCCAUCCUGCGUCACAUCGGUCGUCGUUGAUGUCUUCGAUUCAGCCUUGCAAUCCUCCACCCCGACUCAACCUCGUUCCUUGACGGCGCCCUCUUCGGGUCUGUCCUGCGCUUCCACACUUUUGGCCUCAGCAUGGGAUUUUGGCCAUUUGGAGGACGCAAAAAAGCCCGCUCGAGUCAGGCACAACCUCAAGCGCUGCAUACGCAGUCGGAAAAAGAGGAACGGGAUAUUAGAACACGGAUAGAUUCGAAUACCUCCGAGGAGAUGGGCACCAUGGCACGGGGUCAAAACAAACGCGGUUCGGACGAGAAGCCACGGCGCCUGUCCAAGCAAAGGGUCCCGAGUCAGCCUAAAAAUGUUUCCCGAGCGCAGACGGUCUCGGUCGGUAGUCCUGCCUCCGAGGCCUGGAAUAGACGGAGAGAUUCUGCAACAGAAUCAGGGGCCAUGGGAGGGCAGAAAGCGUAUUCUCAGAAUCCGACAUCUCAGUUGAGCAUUGGCCCCGAGGAGUUCACUGCGUUACCGCAGGCUCCAACCCUGUUGGCCAGACGCGGGACGUAUGAUCCAGCUUUGACACGGAGGAAGUCCAGCAAGAGGAAGGCAGAAGAUUAUGCUCGUGAGAGGGAGAUCCGUGCCAUGAGUUCGCCUGGGUACAAGCUGAAGCGGCCGUCGUCUUAUUCAGGAUCGGGGCCAUUACGUCGCGACACCAAGGAAGUCCCUGGCGACCUCAACCGACGACUCGAGCGACCGGGUUCAAAGGUCUCCUUACCGUUGCCGGAGGUGAUACAGGAAGGUGAAGAUUUUGAGCAUCAAGGGUCUUUCAAAGUCGGGAUAUUGGCCGCUUUGACUCCGCGACCAACCCUCACCUACGUCAAUUCUACUCGAUCCCCGACCGGAAAACAACCUGCAAGGAUAAAGCCGUCAGUCCAACAAGCCAUCGAGGAGGAGGCCCCUGCUUCCAAGAAGAGGAUCGACGACUUGGCGGAUGACUUGGACGCUGGUGGUUUGAGAGAGUUGAUGGAACGAGAUCGGCGACGACAUGAGAGAAAGAAGGCUGCGGAGCGGGAGCGCCUCCAGCGGAAGCUUCAGCGCAAGGCUGAUAGACAAAGGGAAGAGGAAUUGCGCGGCCGCCCAGUCAUGGAACCGUCAAGAGAUCCCGCAACUCAUGGACUAGAAGAGCGCGAGCGGCGAGGCAGAACGCCUUUCGAGGCUGGUACAGAAAGUUCAGACGUCGCCGGCUUUCCGAGCUCUCCUAGUCCUCGGGGACGAGCAACCGAUCCCUUCAAGGACCCUGAAUCUCAGCCUGGCCAGGCCAGACCUACCCACCAUAUCAGGAACCCAUUUGAAGAUGAGAAGGAUGUCGACCUCAUGGAAGAUCCAUUCUCUCACGAUGAAGAUGAAGAAGCACCUGUACAGGUCAAGUCUCCGCUGCGAACCGUAUUCCCAGUUGAGAUCAAAGGGAAUCAAAAGCCUUCCCAGGCGACGACAAUAUCACCUCCUACUUCACCCGUACAGCGACCAUCCGAUCACCAGAGUACGUCUCAAACUUCCGGACUCGCUCGCGAAAUUAGUCCGGACAUACCGGAACAUGGACGUUUCGGGCGAUGGGCUUCAGAUCAGAGCAGUCAGCAACAUCAGCUGAGCUCAUGGACCAGCUUUUUCAAACGUGGGACUAGGCGCAAGACCAGCGCUGCAGACCGAGGCAGAAGUACACCCUCUGAGUUCUCCAACACAUCUCGAGAGUCGUUCGCUCGCAAACAGCAGCCACCUCCUGUGGUCGUGCCUCGCACUUUUCGAAGUUCUGACUCGUCUGGAGUCCCCCAGAGGACAAUGUCCAAAUUUCGGGAAGACCUUCCAGAAUUGCCUAUCUCGCCUCCAGAUUCGCGUGUCCAAUCGCCUGAAGUGAUGACUGGCCCUCAGGCAGGGGCAGUGCAUACAGUCAGGCCAUCGCAUUCGGGCACUUUGGAUGGUAUGAGCCUUGGUACCAGUUCCAGCAACCCUGCCUUGGAAGGUCGACCUACACGGUCCAUGGAGAUGGAUACGGGCAUGGAGGCAGUAUCUGGAGUCGUCAUGUCUCAAUCCCUUGCAUCAGUCGACUCCGAAGGCUCAUGGCUCUCAGGUAAACCCGUCAAGCGGCUGUCUGGUGGCCCAAGCCAUCCACUUCGGCAGAGCCAGUCUUCGAUCCCUCCAAAUGCUGUCCCUGGAAGCUUUGAGACCGAGGAAGACGAACUUGCACAUGACGAGUACUUCAACAGCUUAAGUCCUGGGCCCAGUGGGCGCCGAGAUUCGACUACAUCUACAGGUCGCAGAGCGAGCAGCAAUGUAAUCGACCUGGAACGGGAACGAGAGCAAAGCCCCGCCCCAGAAGUGCCUCCACUCCCAGUCAGCCAAGGAGUUGAUGAGACAUGGCACGCAGGUAUUGGAAGACAGGCAACUGUGGUCCGUCAGGCUAAUCGAGCAAAGUCCACUGAAGGGCUAUUGAAGGAAUUCGGGACGGAUUCUCCUGAAGGAUCCCGAAGGUCAAGCUCAGAGGGGGACGAUGAAGCCAGCGAUGCCGAAGUGGCAGAGGCAGUUACACCGGGAACGGAAUUGGCCGGGGCACCAAUUCUGCGAGCGAAAAGUGUGGAAUACAAGGGUAAGGGUCAUGCUCGACAUAUCAGCGCUGGCAGCGCGAGGCUAUUGGACAUUCGGCGAGCAUCAUCGGUUUCACAUUCUGAUGUGCCCCAACGAAGUCCGAGUCUGCCUCAAAAGUCAACAAGCACGGUUCAAGAAGAACAGUCACCUUCGAAGCAAUCCUAAUCAGGGAUUGCGAUGAGACUUUCCUUUGUUAUUUCCUCAGUUUCAACUCCCGGCAGAGCACGCGUAUAUACGAAAGACGUUGGGCAGGCUGGACGAUUUUGAUGAUACCAGAAGAUACCCCGCAAAUCGCUCAUUUUACAGUCAAAGAUGACACAAGGAGAAGGGCCACUUGGAUGAUUUGGAGCUAUUAGCAAUCAAAAUUUCGAUGUACAGCCAAAGCAAUUGAUUUGCAAUGGCGGGCUUGGUUUGAAGCAGAAGUGUUUGCAAAUAAAAAGGGAUGGGAACGGUAAUAUGGCCAGUCUUUCCCGGAUCACGGCCGUCAGGAACCGGAAUCAUACAUGUACUACAACUGAAAUUGGCACACAUUGAACGAAGAAUGAUUAGAGUGACUAGAUGUUUCGAG